AUGGAAGACCGACGUCUGUCCGGCGCGAAGUCGGUCGCAUCGUUCCGAACCGCGCAGACCCGAACACCCAUCUCCCAAGAAUCAUCGCCAUACUUUUCGUCCCAGACUCGAGAUCCCAACAACAAGAGCACCAACUCUCCCUACUUCACAGCUACCCCUGAAGCAUCAUCCUCUACAGACCGCAGGGCGGGUUUGGUCUACACUCCAAGCUACGACUACUAUGACGACACCAGCGGCACCACUGCGUCUCGUCAGACCAUUCUUCCCUCUGACCAGUCAUACGCCUCCAAGUCGGGCCAGUCUUACACCUCUCGUCCGGGCACUUCCUACAGCAGUCGGACUUCUCGGACUCCCCUCCCUGACAGCGAAAAUCACAAGAUCGUGUGCGCGCUGAGCGAAGCUCGAGGAGUUACUCCGUCAGUUGGCAUGGCAUCGGUCAACGUUGCCACUGGCGAGGUGAUCCUCAGCCAAAUCUCAGACAGUCGAUUCUUCACCCGAACCAUCCACGAGCUUCAAAUUAUGGAGCCCCACGUCGUCUUGAUUGUCAGCACGGCUUGCCCGCCGAAUCCAAAGUCGAGACUAUACAGCCACAUCGAAGAGAACAUGCCCGGCACCAAGAUCGCUCCUGUGGACAGAAGGUGCUGGUCAGAGCUAGAAGGCAUGCACCGAGUCAACACAUGUGCCUUUCGAGAGGAUGCCGAGUCAAUCAAAGUAGCUCUGGAGGGCAGCUUUUAUGCCACUUGUUCCUUCGCCGCGGCUGUCAGCUUUAUCGAGGAUCAUUAUGCGAUUCGCGUGUUCCCCAACUCCUUGCGAGUACGCUUCCAGUCGUGCGAAGACACCAUGAUGAUCGAUGUAUCAACCAUCUUGUCACUCGAGAUCCUCCAAAACCUUCGAAAACCACAGUCAAAGGAUAGUCUGGUCGGGCUGUUGAACCAGACGAAAACGCCCAUGGGCUCGCGAGUCCUCCGCAGCAAUUUGCUACAACCUAGUACACUCAAGAAAGCAUACUUGGAUCCGAGAUAUGAAGCUGUCGAGGAAUUGCACAAAUCUGUCGAUAUGUUUGUAGAAGUCAGAAAAGCGCUGAGCUUCCCCGACGUCGAGAAAAUGUUGACCCGGCUCGUCCUUGUGCCGCCUCAACCGUCCAUCGCAGCAACAGAAUCCUCCAUGGACAACGUCCUCAAAGUCAAAGCCUUUGUCGAUGGACUGCCUGAUCUUUAUCAAGCCAUGAGACCUGCUGUUUCGCCACUAUUAACGAAGAUCCGUGAACUUUUCCGCCCUGAAAUGAUUGCCCCGCUGCGAACUUUAAUAUACGAGACAAUCCACGAAGAUGUCACUCAUACCAAGAAAGCUCUCGAUCAGCGCAACCAAAGAGCUUUUGCCGUCAAGGCUGGUGUCAACGGUCUUCUGGAUGUCGCUCGGCAGGCAUACAAGGAGAAUACAGAAGAUGUCCACAAGCAUGUGGACCAAGUCAACGGUGAACUUGACCUGGAUGCCAAACUUCAGUACGAUCCAAAGCGCGGCUACUCUCUCCGCAUGCGAGAAGUGAAUUUCGAAGAUCGCCCAAUCCCGGAAGUUCUUGUUAACCGAGUCGUGAAGCGCGGCAAUCUAGAAUGCAUGACGAUCCGCCUCAAGCAGCUAAAUCAGCGGAUUUCCGAUUCUGUAGCUGAGAUCGCCAUGCAAUGCGACAAGGUGAUUGAAGAUCUCAUCGACAAUAUCAGAACUCAGAUAGCGGUUCUUUAUCGUAUCUGUGAAUCAGUUGCUCUGCUUGAUAUGCUGGCCUCGUUUGCUCAUGUCAGCUCGAUCUACGACUGGAUUCGACCAGAGGUUUCGGACACCUUGGCACUCAAGGCCGCAAGACAUCCGAUCCUGGAUAGGGAACUCAAGGAAGAAUGCAUCCCAAACGACCUCUACGCGGAUGACAACUACCGAUUCCAGAUCAUCACCGGAUGUAACAUGAGCGGCAAGACUACCUACAUCAAAAGCAUUGCGCUGCUCCAGAUCAUGGCGCAGAUUGGAUGCUUUGUGCCGGCCGAGCGUGCUACGUUCCCUAUCGUCCACAGCAUCUUCGCGAGAGUGUCUACAGAUGACAGCAUCGAGGCCAAUUUGUCAUCCUUUUCGAAGGAGAUGCGGGAGAUGGCCUUUAUACUUAAGUACCUCGCGAUUCUUGCUCGCAUUAUGCCACUGCUAAUGAUAUGUAGCAAUGUGGAUGACAAAAGCAUGGUCAUCAUCGACGAGCUUGGUCGAGCCACGAGUGCUCGUGAUGGACUCGCAAUUGCGAUUGCUAUGGCAGAAGCACUCAUCCAAAGUCGAGCGAAGGUCUGGUUCACAACGCAUUUUGCGCAACUCGCUGAAGUUUUAAACGACCGUCCCGGAGUUCUCAACCUCCAUCUCGCAAGCCAUCUUUCGAAUACGUCCAGGGGCGAUCCCAGGUUGACCAUGACGUACAAAGUUGAAUCUGGCAAGGUAGACGAGAUACCAUACGGCAUUUUACUCGCCAAGGCAAUGGACUUCCCUGAGCGAUUUCUAGACGUGGCGGAGCAAGUCUCUCAGUCCAUCCGCGAAGAUAGAUUGAAGAAACAGCAAACCUCAGAGGCAAGGCGACUCGUCAGCGAGCGCAAGUUAGUACUAAGUCUUCAUGAGCAGUUGAAGCAAGCGCGGAAUUCCCAGAUGGAUGAUGCUGCCCUCGCGAGCUACUUGAAGCGCCUCCAGGUGGAAUUUGUGGAGCGCUUCGAAGCCCUUCGUGUUACAGGGAGCCCGGAUGAAGAUCUCGAAGAGGAGGGCAUGGAGGAGGAAGAGAAUGACACGUAUGACGAUGAUGAUGUGUUUGACUCUGUCGAUGUCGAGUCUUUGUCGACACGUAGUUUAGCAGGGACCGCCCUCUGGGAGACCAAAAAGGAUGCCGACAUCUGGCUCAUGAUGGGCGAAGAAAAGUGGGAGCUGCACGACAAGGUCAUCCGAGGCAAGAGCGAGAUGGUUGACUUUCUCGUCGAUCAGAAGGCCGCAGUGGUAACGCAAAUUUCUCCCUCACUUUAUUUGCUCCUGCCUGUUGCAUUCGACAGAAGUGUUGCUGACCACGUGUUCUACCAGGACGACCGCGUCAAGAAAUUCGCGUUGAAGGACCACCUCUUCAAAGCCCCUGCACUGGAAACCGUUCUCAAGUGGCUCUACGUCGGAGAUGAUGCGCUGCCACACAAGCCCGAGAUUUACGAUCUACUCACGAUCCACGACGUUGCUGCGUCCCUUGGCGUGUCCGAUCUCACGGCCGAACUCGCCUCUCGUGUCGGUCAUGACCUGAGCGACAUCCUCGAUAAGCGCGUCGACAUGUUGGAAGACUUCAUGAUGGUGGCUGACAUCAUCGUCGACGAGGCCAGCGAGGCCCACGAUGACUUGAAGCAGGAGCUCCAGAAGGCCAUUGGACCUCACCUGUGUAUGCUCCUCCAGCAACAAGACUUCCGCAAUCUCCUUGAAGACGACCCCAAGUUCUGCUUCAACACCCUGUCUACUGCCGUUAGCGAGAUCACGCGAGUGACCGAGGAGUCCGAGAAGAAGUUGGCCGACGCCGAGAAGCAGCAUAGAGUCAACGACUCGGCCAUCGACUUCCCAACCUUCGAUACCCCGGUAUCGAAGAAACCUGCCCGGGUGAGCGCAAGCGAAAGCCCGCAGACUCCGGAUACGUCCAAGAAAAUCAAGGUGGAGAGUCCUCCUAGUGCGGCCGAAGGUAUUGGUCACGACUCGAUGCGGACCGCUGAUGCCGGAUCUACUCCCUUUGCUGGCCCCCGAUUCAACCGCGGCAUGGAUGCCGGCGCUUUCAACUUCUCCUACAAAGACGAGCGAGAAUUCCCAUUCCCUCCUAAGUUCCCCGCCCUCUCCAUCAAGCGAGGACCUGCCAUCAAGCCAUCGCCCGCAAUGAAGUCAUCUUGGGCUCCCACGCCUUUCCCCACACCCAGUGGAAAGGCUUCGCCGUCCGAUGAUGGUUCGGAGGCAUUCGAAUCCUGCGAAGAGGGAUCCGACGAAGGCGAGAUCCGGGAGAAGCGUCGUAUCAUCCCCUCGCGACCUUCUAUCCAGAGCAAGAUGAUGCCCCUUGACCAAACAGACCACAAGGCUAAGACGAGAUUCCAUGUGCCUGGCAGCUUCGAGGCUUCCCUGGCAGUACACACCCGAGGUGUUGGCACCAGCGAUGUUCAUUCAAAGCCAGCCACAUUUUUGCCAACUGAUCGACGAAGUGGAGCGUAUCACCUUAGCAGCUCAUCCAUCGAACAAGAUGAUACCAUGGAGUUGCCUGCCAGACGCAGUGGUAGCUAUGCCUUUGGUAGCACUUCCAUCCAGCAGGAUAUUCUUGUGCCCGACGAAGUCCACAGCAAGCAACCGGAGUUGAAGCAAACCGCCGACACCAACCCCGCUACUGGGUCCCAAACCAUGCCCUCCUUCCACAAGGAACCCCUCCAGCGUCCAGCUCCCCGCAAAGAGACCGUCCGAGCACCGUCUCCAGCCCCUGCUCCGACUUGCGCCCCGGCUCCAGCCUUUGCUCGGGCUCCAGCCUUUGCUCGGGCUCCGGUCUUUGCUCCCACUUCCGCCCCAGCCUCGGCUGAGACCGGCCCCAAGUUGGAUCGCAAAACGGCCCGAGAGGUGGAAAGAGGAAGACUCAACGUCAAGACUACAAAGCGCGCGAAGACCUCCAAGAAGAUGUAUGACGCGGAUGCACCCAACAUUGACUGCGUCCAGUCUUGA